AAUCCCCUCCAUUAUGAGAUGUAUUCAAUGAUGUGGACACAUAAAGAAAGACGGCUUCUACAAUCAUUGGUGAAAGAAUGGGUCGCUCUCAGGAGCUCAGUGACUCCAAGCGUGGUCCCGUGAUAGGUGGUCACCUGGGCAAUAAGUCCAUCCGUGACAUUUCCUGGCUACUAAAUAUUCCACGCUCAACUGUUAGUGGGAAUCUAACAAAGUGGAAACAACUGGGAACAGCAACUCAGCCACCAAGUGGUAGGCCACGUCACAUGACAGGGCGGGGUCUGCGCAUGCUGAAGCGCACAGUGCGCAGAAGUCACCAACUGUCUGCAGAGUCAAUAGCUAAAGACCUCCAAACUUGGUGUGGCCUUCAGAUGAGCCCAACAACAGUGCGUAGAGAGCUUCAUGGAAUGGGUUUCCAUCGCCGAGCAGCUGCAUCCAACUGCAAUGCAAAGUGUCGGAUGCAGUGGUGUAAAGCACGCCGCCACUGG